AUGUUGAGUGAUAGUGACUCAUAUGGUACAGAUAAUCAGUUCACUGUAGACGAAAUAUUUGGUUGUUUGAAUGAAGUAGGAGGCAGAAACUCGGUACUAAAAAACAAUUUACACGUGAAAUCAAAAAAUGACAACAAAAAUAAAAUGAAUAUCAUAGAUAAUGAUAAUAAUAUAUUAUCCAAUAGUUCUGUUGAACCUCAAACAUCUAACGAAUUGGUUACUUCUGAUGACCUAAAUUUGGAAAACCUGGACAUUCUUUAUUUGGAAGAUGGAAUUCUUAAAGAAUUUGAUGACCUAAGUAAUAUUAAUUUAUCAAUUAAUCAAGACUGCCAAACUAGUUUUUAUUCUCAUAUUCCUAUAGCCAACGACAAUUUUUCUAACCCUGAAGUUCCUAUAGUUGAAGAAAAUCCACCAGCUGAUGAAACGCACAUUGAGAAUAACACAAUUAAUAUAGAAUCUAAUAAUAUCCUCAGAUAA